AUUUUCAAGAUUGACUUCAAAUUAAUUUCAAUCGUUAAAUCUAUUAAAGUAUCUAAUAUUCUAAAAUACUAACGAUAUUUUAGCUUCAGUUAUCUAAUAUUAAUUUUAGCUACAGUUUUUGGUCCAGCAUCUUGUUUAAUUUCCCCUCCGUCUCUGCAAAAGCAUAAUAUUAUUUAAUCGGUGAAUCCUGAAACUAAAGGUAUAAAACUCAAAAUUUCGAUAACCAAUACUGAAAAAUUACAGACUUUUAUUCUGUUUUAGUUUUGAGAUUUCUAGGACACAUUUCACGUUGAGGUGAGGUCUAGUCUCUAGACUCUCAGCCCCCGCGGUAUUGACAAAAGUGAAAGGAAUCCCGAGGCAGAGGAAAAUAUCAAAGGAAAGACACAGCAACAAUUGUGAAUCAUGAGCGAAAAUCAGGGACAAAGCCAAUGUAGGACAAAAGGGAGUAUUAGCGUAGGACAACAAGAGAGAACCACCCUCCAAACUUUUGAAAAAUGUUAAAUAUAAUACAUAUAUGGGAAAUGUGCAUAUUAGUCCUAAUUCCCAAAAUAAAUUGGGGUCCUAACCUUAAAGUAAAGGAAGAAACCAAUGUAGGACAAAGGGGGUGAUUGUGUCAUUUUUUCUUGUUAAUGGAUGGAUUAUAUGUAUUAUAAAAUAAACAUAGCUAUUAAAGGAUGAAGCCAAGGUAAGACUAGGAAGGCAAUUGUGUCAUUUUUUUUUUUUGUUGAUGGAUAGAUUGUGUGUUAUAAAAUAAAAGUGGAUAUUCAAGGACAAAGCUAGUGUAGGACAAGAGAGUGAUUGUGACAUUUUUUCAUGUUUAUGGAUGGAUUGUGUGUGUUCUAAAAUAAAAGUGGUGCUUCAUGAAUAAAGCUAGUGUAAGAUAAGUGGGUUACACCAGUGUAGGGCAUUGAUUAUAUAUAAUUCUUUUUAUACAAUUUAUGAAAUUAUCAUGAUAAAUUUUUACAUUGGUUAUAUAUAUAUAUAUAUUUUAAAUUAGAACUUUAUAAAAUUGAGAUUAAUAUUCACUAUUCUAUAUAUAUAAGGUUUGAAAUGGUGGCUUUUCAACUUGUUAUAUUUUACUUGGUGUGUAGGUAGAGACAUUACUUUUAUAUCAAUUGUGACAUUAUUUUUCAAUUGAUGCAUAGAUUGUAUGUGUUAUAAAAUAAAGGUAACUAUAUAGGGAUGAAGUCAAUGUAGGACAAGGGGAUAAUUAUGUCAUUUUCUCUUGUUAAUGGAUGGAUUAUGUGUGUUAUAAAAUAAAAGUGACUUUUUAGGUAGGAUAAGGGUAUGACUAUGAUAUUUUUUCAUGUUAAUGGAUAGAUUAUGUGUGUUACAAAAUAAAGGUAGCUAUUUAUGGACAAAGCCAAUGUAAGACAAAAGAGAGUAUUAGUGUAGAGUAACAAGAGGGAACCACCCUCCAAACUUUUGAAAAAUGUUAAAUAUAAUACAUAUAUGAGA